UCAUCUGUAUCGCUUGUGUUCUAUUUCUCACAAGUCCCACGUUAUCGCCACGUAGUUUCUCAGCAAAAGCCACCACUUUUUAAGACUCUGAUAAAUGGUCUAAUAAUUCCUACUUAGUCUUCUCGUAGCGACUGUUAACAGCCGAUAAGAAACAAAUAAAGCAAAAAAAGAAAGACAGAGCAACAAAGAAGAAUCUUCGCAAUAGAUCGUCGUCGCGAUGCAGAGCCAAUACAACAUGCGUAGUCCAGCUGUGAAGCGUCUAAUGAAAGAGGCACAAGAACUGAAAGAUCCAACUGAGUUAUUCUAUGCCCAACCAUUAGAUGAUAACUUAUUUGAGUGGCAUUUCACAAUUCGCGGUCCAAUUGAUACGGAUUUUGAUGGUGGAAUUUUCCAUGGCCGUAUUGUACUUCCACCAGAUUACCCCAUGAAACCUCCCAGUAUUAUUAUUUUGACUCCCAAUGGUCGUUUCGAAGUUAACAAAAAAAUCUGUCUGAGUAUCUCUGGUCAUCACCCAGAAUCAUGGCAACCAUCUUGGUCAAUUCGCACUGCAUUGUUAGCCAUUAUAGGAUUUAUGCCUACUCAUGGGGCUGGUGCUAUUGGAUCCCUGGAUUACACAGCUGAAGAACGGAAAGUACUUUCUAAAAAGUCCCUGUGCUGGAAAUGUCCUGUAUGUGGUUCUGUAAAUAAUGUGUUGAAAUCCUUAACUGAUGCUUCCAAGAAAACCAGUGAAGAAGCUAAAGAUUUAGCUUCAAAGAUUAAUUUUCAGAGUGAGAAGGGAAAUAAAUCUGGCUCUGAUAAGGCUUCUACGACUGCAACCACAUCAUCCAAUGCUGGGUUUACACUGACUGGUAGCAGCACAGUAGCAGGAGCAGAAGGAGGAGGUGCAACAGCAGCAAGUGCAGCCUCUGCAGCAGCAACUACAUCUACCCCAACCUGGAUGAUGCCACCCAACAUGAACUAUCCUUCACCCUUAAACAUGGGCAGCAUGCCCGGAAUGUUUCCUCAGUCAUCUCCCUUCUUUGCCCCGAUGACUGGACAGUUUCCUUACCAUUUCAGAUUUCCAUAUCCUCCAACCAGUAUGGACCCAAAUGUCAAUUCCAUGCCAAAUUGUCGAAUGAUGCCCCCAUUUCCAAAUCCAUUUUUACCCCCAAUGUUUCCGGCUAGUUAUGCCUUUCCCCAGCCUGGUGUCACUGAUAACUCAAACGCUUCCGUUGCGAAUGUUAUGCCAUUUUCUUUCCCUUUCAUGCCCGGUUUUCCGACUGUGCCUGCUGCCGUGUCUGCAACAAGUGCAAGUGUCACGACCUCUGCUCCUGUUUCAAGCCCUGCUACCGUAACAUCCAGCUCCACCAGUUCAACAGAAGCUUCUCAGUCGAAACAGCUGACUUCAUCUUCUGCAUCCAAACCAACUUUUACUAAUCCGUCCACCACAACCACUACUGCUACUACUAAUAAAUCCUUACUUAAUGCCACUGGAGGCAUAUCCCAAAACAGUACAGAUUCUGCUAGCACCCAAGGUCUUUCAGAUCCAGCCCAGCCGCCAUCGUCACAGCGAGUCUCAGAUAAUGCGUCAGACAACACAUCACCAACAGUAGAGACCAUCACAGCUGGUAGGAAUGAUGUGGAUGUUGUCGCCUGUCCUUCACCUUCCUCCUCUUCUCCUCUUGCUUCUGCCACACAAAGCACGACUUCGCCUGGAACUACACUUCGGCAUCGUACGACGACUGCUGCUACGACAGAAACACAACCAACAUCUUCGUCGUCAUCAGAAACAUCGCUAUCAUCAACGACAACAACAACAACAACAGCACCAGCAAACACGUCUAAUACAAACACAUCCGCCACUACAACAUCAUCACCUCCACAGAUGGAGACUGCAGACAUAGCUUCACCGCCAAAUGCUACUACGCAGAGACCCUCUUCAAGGGGUACAGCGAGCUUUGUUCUGAUGAUGAUGCUAGGAGCAAUGAUCCUUUUGCUGUGUUUGCGCCGUCUUUAUGUCAGUGUGGACCAUUUACCAUAUUCAGAUUAUAUGCAGUAGACACGUGAAAAUCUCCACAUUUAGCAAACUAUUUUGAUUGCACUGAAACUUGAGUACUCCCCUAACACUCCCACUAACAUCGUCAAUUGUCGUUUUUAGACCAGAUUCCACUCUCUGUUAUUUGAAGUGGUGAUGGGGGUAAAUAUACAGAUACAGACAUACAUUUAUAUAUAUACACAUAAUUAUAUAUAUAUAUAUAUAUAUAUAUACAUAUAUACACAUAAUUAUAUGUGUAUAUAUGUUUAUAUGUAUGUGUGUGUAUAUGAAUAUGUGUAUGUAUGUAUAUAUGUCUGUAUAUGUGUAUGUAAAUAUGUAUAUGCAUGUAUGUAUGUAUGUAUAUAUAUGUAUAUAAAUGUAUAUUUCAUGAUGUUGAUGAUGAUGAUGAUAUUUAUAUGUAUAAAUACAUAUAUAAAUAUAUAUAUAUGUCUAUAUAUGUAUGUAAACAUACAUACAUGUAUAGAUGCACACACACACACACACACACACACACAUUUCGUUCAUAUUUUAUUUUUAAUUUAAAAGCAAAACAGAAAGAAAGAAAAAAAUAAACCAUAAUUUCUAUAUAAUCUUGACAUGACAUAUCAAACGUGUCAGAAGAAAAUCUUGCAAGGCAUAAAAGAUGGAAGAAAGGAAUAAAAUAAAAUACAAAAACAAACAAUCCCAAAAUAAAAUAAAAUAAAAAAAAUGUAAGAAACUGAAUUUCUUAAAAGGUGAAAAAGAACAAAAAUGAAAAAUAAAAAAAUAACCACACUGUCUUUCUCUCUCUAAAAGGUUUUUUUCUCUUUAUUUUUAUUGUUGUUUUAAAAAUAUAGACUUUACAGUUUUGUAUCCUUCCUUUUAGGAAAAAAACUUGACUGAAAUUUAGGACAGUUUUACAAAUUUUUAUUUUUUUUUUUUUAAAUAAUUUUUUUUUUCAAAAUAAAUGAAAAUGGGGAAGAGAGUAAAAGAAAGGGAUGAGAAUGAAGGAGAAAGUAAAAUAUUUGAAAAAAUAAA